AUGUCGGAACUCAAGUUCUCUGCCUUCACGUCGCAGAUAGAACUUCCUUUCUAUUCUGCACUAUUCUCCUCGAAACUCGACCUCGACAAGUUAGAUGACUCGGCGCGGUUUGUUCUGGGGACGUACGAGUCGAAUCCCCUCGCCACUCCCGAGGAGAGCACCCGUAUGCAGAUCCUCGGGAAUGCGCUGACAAGCAAUGCAAUCGGCCUGGGUCAGUGCCGAGCCGAGGGCAUGAUCAAAAAUGUCAACACGAUGGAGGAUUUCAAGCAGACGGACAAAGGAGCUAUGCUUCAAACCGCUGGUCGGCAAAUAUGGGAUGCCAUCAAGGACGGGACCAUCUACUCCAUUCCGUCGCUCCUUUCCGCCUUCACGAUACUCUCCUUCGCCGAUCUCAAGAAAUAUCGAUUUACGUACUGGUUUGCGUUCCCAGCGCUACAUUCUGAUCCUCAGUGGAAGAGGACAGCCCCGAUUAGCAAGCUCACCUCUAAAGAGAGUGAGUCACUGGUCGAGAAGGUUGGGACAUGGCGGUAUGGAGUGGACAAUAGGCAGUAUGGAUUCUUCCUGGUCAAAAGAACCCGUGGCGGCGAGGACAACCGAUCUAAGAACUCAUUUGAUUCUUCGGCCGAGGACCUAGGGUUCAGGUGGGACGUCGGUGCCCUUCGAGAUUUUGAAAGCGGGUUCUUCGAAGGUGUCGCGGAAGAAGAUCGAUUUGUUUCGCUCGUCGACCCUUCGAGUUACACCGAGCACCCAUCGUGGCCAUUACGAAAUCUCUUGAUUUUGGUACGGCAGCGCUUCCACUUUACAAAGGUCAACAUCCUGUGUUACAGAGAUACCCAGGCCAGACGGCAUGAAGCUAGAAGCAUUAUCCUGCCACUUGCUAUGGACAGUGUGCCGGAGAUGGAGACGACACAGAUGCCAAAGGUCACAGGAUGGGAGCGGAAUGCGACAGGGAAGCUGCAGGCCAGACAAGCAAAUCUCGCCGAGUAUAUGGAUCCGACGAAGCUUGCUGAUCAAGCAGUUGAUCUAAAUUUGAAGUUGAUGAAGUGGCGCAUAUCUCCCAACUUGAACCUGGACACGAUCAGGAACACUUCUUGCCUCUUGCUUGGCGCAGGCACUUUAGGGAGCUAUGUAUCAAGAAAUCUCAUGGGUUGGGGGGUGCGGAAGAUCACAUUCGUUGACUACGGGUCAGUAUCGUUUUCGAAUCCCGUUCGACAACCGCUUUUUGAGUUCAAAGACUGCCUCGAAGGGGGAGCCCCUAAAGCUGCCAGGGCAGCUGAGGCGCUCAAAGCUAUCAAUCCAGGGGUGGAGAGCGAGGGACAUGGCCUUUCGGUACCUAUGCUUGGCCAUUCGAUCACGGAUGAGGCCAAGACGAAGGCGGAUUUCACGAAGUUGAAGGAUUUGGUCGACUCGCACGAUGUUGUCUUCCUGUUAAUGGAUAGCCGAGAGUCACGAUGGCUGCCCACCGUCAUGGGCAAGGCAGCGGGGAAGAUUGUCAUGAACGCCGCGUUAGGCUUCGACACCUACGUCGUGAUGCGGCAUGGUCCUACACCGAAGGAUGGUUCCGAGAAGACUUUGGGAUGCUACUUCUGCAAUGACGUAGUCGUAGCGACAGACUCCCAAAAGGACCUCACCCUCGACCAGCAGUGUACUGUCACGCGGCCCGGCGUGGCCGCCAUUGCGUCCGCGCUCCUUGUCGAGCUGCUUGCUAGCGUCUUGCAGCACCCUGAAGGGCAUCACGCCGCGGCACCCAAGCCUGCUGCCGACUCUUCUUCGUACGAAAGGGACCCUCCGGACCACGCGCUUGGCCUCGUGCCUCAUCAGAUCCGUGGCUUCCUGUCGACGUUCCAGAACAUGAUGAUCCGGGGCGAGUCAUACCCAUGUUGCAGUGCGUGCAGCAAGCCAGUCCUCGAGGCGUACCAGCAAGACGGCUGGGCCUUUGUGAAGAAGGCCCUGGAGGAGAAGGACUACGUGGCCGAGCUUUCCGGUUUGGCGGAGGUUCAGAGGCGGGCGGAGGCCAUGGCGGCCGACGUCGAUUUCAGCGAUGAUGACGGUGUCGAGGGGGAUGAUGGUGAGGCUGUGAUGAUAUGA